CUUCUCAGAAGGCCGGCCGUUCAUUUGUCCCUGAACUUUCUUCCAAAGACGACUAAAUUAUCUUAUGGCUGUAUCUCUGUGCUUCUCAGAUCGAUCUAUCCGUAGCGUGUACAUAACAUGUCAGCCUACGCGUACUAAGUAUAUGUACCGCCUAUCGUAAAAGAAAAUUCGGUGGAGAUAAACUAGCAGCUGUGCAAGUGUUCUAGUUGUGUUAAUAGAACAUGUUUUUUUAAUGCAGACAAUUGGUUUAGUCUUCUCUUCUAUCAUCUAUCCAUUUUCUCAUUUAUUCAUGUCCACUACUUACAUUUCCUUGUCUUUGCUUGACUUUAUAUUGACUUUUUCUCUCUAUAUAUAUAGACGAAGAAUAAACUUAGAGGGCAGAGAUAUAGAGAGGAAGCAAGCAAUGAGGAAAAAAGAAAGCAAAAGCCUUAAUCUCACUGUUUCUCUUCCAACGAAUGAAGAAUCUUCUUUAUCAAAAUUCCUGACUAAGGAUGGUACAUUCAAGGAAGGAAAUCUUCUCGUUAACAAAGACGGAGUUCGAAUUCUUACUCCGAAUGAAGAUGAGAUUCCACCACCUAUAAAACCAUCGGAUGAGAUAAUGAUGAAUUUCGAUGACAUCGAAAAAGUUAAGGAAAUCGGAAGCGGCAGCAGUGGGCAUGUUCUACUGGUACGCCACAAAUGGACUGGCCAGUUUUUCGCUCUCAAGGUCAUUAAAAUGACAAUUGAUGAGAACAUACGCAAACAUAUCGUGGAGGAAUUGAAGAUUAACCAGUCUUCUCAAUGUCAAAAUGUCGUCGUAUACUACCAAACUUUUUAUGAUAAUGGAUUCAUAUCAAUAGUGUUGGAAUACAUGGAUGGCGGGUCUCUGGCAGACUUCCUGACAAAGGUUAAAAGAAUCCCGGAGAAGCAUCUUGCUGUCAUAAGUAAGCAGGUUCUGAAGGGUUUAAUGUAUCUUCAUCACGAAAAACACAUAGUUCACAGAGACUUGAAACCAUCAAAUUUACUGAUCAAUCAUGGAGGAGAAGUCAAAAUAACAGACUUCGGCGUAAGUGCAAUUCUAUCCUGCACUUCUGAUCAGAGGGACACUUUUGUGGGCACUUACAGUUAUAUGUCUCCAGAGAGAAUCAGUGCAGGCACAUAUGGUUAUAAAAGUGAUAUCUGGAGCCUGGGAAUACUACUGCUAGAAUGUGCAACAGGGGAGUUUCCAUACACUCCUCAAGAAGAAGAAGGCUGGAUUAGUUUUUACGAGCUUUUGGAAGCCAUUGUGGAUCAUCCACCUCCUUGUGCACCUUCUGACAAAUUUUCUCCAGAGUUUUGCUCAUUUAUUUCCUCAUGUGCGCAGAAAGAUCCAUUGAAAAGACCAUCAGCUAGAGAACUCAUGGAUCAUCCGUUCAUCAAUAUGUAUGAAGAUGCAGAUGUCGAUCUUGCUAGUUACUUCACCAACGACGGAUCUCCUCUUGCCACUUUUACAAUACCCAACUAAUUACACUACCCGUCUCGGCAGUUGCAUUCAUCAAUCUUUACCAGUAGUUUACAGACUGGAUUCUCUUAUGAUGUUGACUAGUAUUGAUUUUCAAUUCUUCCCACAAUGGACUAGUCCUGGUUGUGUUCAGUCACUAAUAAGAACAUAAAAACUUAUCAGUUUUGUGUUAAUUUUCCCGUCCUGCCACAGUCGUCAAUACUAGCCACUGGGGGCAGUAUAUAAGGCCUGGAAUUGUCAGUAGGUGCAAGUAUAUGAGACCCUUCAGAUGGAAGUGUACAACUUUGUAAUACAAGCAAAACCUCAACAAAAGUUUUGCAGAAUUAUAAGAGCAAGCAAAUGAGACAUCGGCGGCUUUCGCAUUCAUAAUCGCAGAACUCUGCCGAAUUCGGUUUUUCAUUUCAA